AACACCGCUGCUCUACUUGGUAACACUGUUCACAUCAGUCUGAAAUUCGCAACUUAGCUUCAAAAAUAAACAAUAUCUGCCGGAAUGCAACGCGGCAUUAACACUUACUUCAAGCCGUUGCCUGCGAAGCCGAAGAAGGCGGAGGACGUAAAUGGAGAGACGCCAACAAAGGCGCCAAAACGCAGAAAGGCAUUGGUAAUAUCCAGCGAUGAAGACGAGGUGGUCGCCACUCCCCCGGAGACCAAGAAACGCAAACCCUCAAAGGCAUCUAGCGAGGAUGAAGUGGUGUCUGCCACACCGGAACCCAAAAAAGCCAGGAAUGGGCAGAAACCUUCACUGUCCAAGCUCAAAAGGCACGUGGAUCCUUCUGAACUUUUCGGUGGAGAAACUAAACGGGUCGUUGUGGCCAAACCGAAGUCCAAAGCAGUUCGCGAGUUCGAGAACGAGGAUAUAGACAGAAGUUUAAUGGAAGUCGACCUAGACGAGAGUCUCAAGGAAGAUGCACCGGUGAAGAAGGUUCCUUCACCUCGCAGGAGCUCUCCCUCCCCCAAAAGAUCCAAAAAAAGCAGCCCAGAGCCGGCCAAACCCAAAGCGACCAAAGCUAAAGCCCCAACUCCUCGUGCGAAGAAGGAGAAGCCACCUGCAGAUUUAGAGUCCAGCGUCCUAACAGACGAGGAACGGCACGAGCGGAAACGCAUGACCGCCGUGCUCUACCAAAAGUACAAGAACCGCAGUGCGUGCUUGAAUCCCGGCAGUAAAGAAAUACCCAAGGGCUCGCCAAAUUGCCUAAGUGGACUUACAUUCGUUGUCACCGGAGUUCUGGAAUCAAUGGAGCGCGAGGAGGCAGAGGCGGUUAUCAAGGAGUACGGAGGAAGGGUAAUGACCGUGGUGGGGAAAAAACUGAAGUACCUUGUCGUCGGUGAAGAGGCGGGACCAAAGAAAUUGGCAGUGGCCGAAGAACUUAAUAUACCCAUUCUUAGCGAAGAUGGCCUCUUUGAUCUAAUUAGGGAAAAAUCCGGGCAAGGUAAGCAGGUAAAGGAAGAAAAAAAGAGCCCUAAGGAGGAGCAUAGCUCCAGUGACAAGGAGAAGAAGGAGGCUAAGGCUCCCAGUAAGUCUAAAAUUAAGGAGGAGAAGGAAGACACUAAACAUAAAAGUGGCGAGAAGCAUACCUCCAAAAAUAAAGUCAAGGAGGAACACACAUCCCCCAAGGUAAAAAAAGAAAAGCAGGAUCAUGUAGCAGAUAUAACUGUGAAAGUAAAAAAAGAGCCCAGCUCCGAAGAACACAAAGCUCCGGUGGCAAGGACCGCCAAACCAAAGACUCAGGAUCUGGUCGGAAUGGCCUGGGUGGACAAGCAUAAGCCCACGAACAUUAAGGAAAUCGUUGGCCAGGCAGGACCCGCUAGCAACGUUACCAAGCUGAUGAACUGGUUAUCCAAGUGGUAUGUAAAUCACGACGGCGAUAAGAAGCCUCAGCGACCAAAUCCUUGGGCUAAGAACGACGAUGGCAGCUUUUACAAGGCGGCCCUGCUAUCGGGACCGCCGGGAAUCGGAAAGACCACGACAGCAACUCUGGUGGUGAAGGAGCUGGGCUUCGAUGCAGUAGAGUUCAACGCCUCCGAUACACGAAGCAAACGCCUACUGAAAGACGAAGUUUCCACGCUUCUGAGCAACAAAUCUCUCUCUGGGUACUUCACCGGUCAAGGGCAGGCGGUAUCCCGAAAGCACGUGCUUAUCAUGGACGAGGUUGAUGGCAUGGCCGGAAACGAGGACAGAGGAGGAAUGCAGGAACUGAUCGCUUUAAUCAAGGACAGCUCUAUUCCGAUUAUUUGCAUGUGUAAUGAUCGAAACCAUCCUAAGAUUCGGUCCUUGGUCAACUACUGCUACGAUUUGCGAUUCCAGCGGCCUCGUCUUGAGCAGAUCAAGGGAAAAAUUAUGAGCAUCUGCUUCAAGGAAAAGGUUAAGAUUUCACCUGCGAAAUUAGAAGAAAUCAUUGCGGCCACCAACAACGAUAUUCGGCAAUCCAUUAACCAUAUUGCCCUGCUUAGCGCCAAUGAAGACCUUAAAUCAGAGCAAAAGGUAGCCACCAAGGAUCUGAAACUUGGACCAUGGGAAGUGGUGCGGAAAGUCUUUACAGCCGACGAGCACAAGCACAUGUCAUUCGCCGACAAGAGCGACCUUUUCUUCCACGACUACAGCCUGGCCCCGCUCUUUGUGCAGCAAAACUACCUCCAGGUCUCACCACAAGGAAAUAAGAAAGAUGUUUUGGCCAAGGUAGCGGCUACAGCAGAUGCCCUCAGCUUGGGUGACCUCGUCGAAAAGCGCAUCCGAGCUAACUCUGCCUGGAGUCUACUGCCCACUCAGGCCUUUUUCAGCUCGGUGCUACCGGGCGAAAACAUGUGCGGACACUUUACUGGACAGAUCAACUUCCCCGGGUGGCUGGGCAAAAAUUCGAAGUCUGGAAAACGGGCUAGACUUGCCCAAGAGCUUCACGAUCACACAAGGGCCUGCACCUCGGGCUCUAGAUUAUCCAUGAGACUAGAUUACGCCCCCUUCCUUCUUAAUAAUAUUGUGCGGCCUCUGGUGAAGGAUGGACAGGAGGGCGUGUCCGGCGCUCUUGAUGCUAUGAAAGAAUACCACCUACUUCGCGAGGAUCUGGACUCGCUGGUCGAGCUCACCUCAUGGCCGGGCAAGAAAUCGCCCUUUGAUGCAGUGGACGGGAGAGUAAAGGCAGCCCUCACACGAUCCUAUAACAAGGAGGUUAUGGCAUAUUCCUAUUCCGCUCAAGCGGGCAUUAAGAAGAAGAAAGCAGAGGCUGGUGGUGGUGAUGAGGAUUACUACGGCGCGGAUCAAGGGGAAGAGGAUGGAGCUGGUGGUCAAGUCUCUUCAGAUGAGGAUGAAGACAAAGAUAACCUCGAACUAGAUGGCUUGAUCAAAGCCAAAAAGAAGCCAAGUACGUCCAAGGCAGCUGGUGGAUCCAAAAAGGGUGCUUCUUCCACAACCUCAAAGCCCAAAGCCAAGGCAAAGAAGUGAAGUUUCUUGAGAUUUGCAUGAUUGAUGAGUUUUCCAUGGAAUCUAUAUUUAUACAUUUUUUUUCGAUUAAUCACGAUGGCAGUCCAUUGUUUACAUUGUUAAAAAUUUCAAUAAGAACCAAUAAAUAAUGCUUUUGGGA